AUGGGAGAUGCGGCCCCCGUAAGCAGAUGGGCCCAGCGCAAGCAGCAGCGCGAGAUGAUGUACGCCACAAGCAGCGAUGCAAUUCAGGGAGUCUUCCGCAAGAAGCAGAAAGAGGCAAAGAACAUGGUGUGCCAGAAGUGCCUGCAAGUCGGUGAGAGUUGA